AUGAUAUCAACACCAGAAGUAUCAUUAGAUAUAGGGGCUAUACAGAGUGCAGAUGCAGCAAAUCAACAGUUGAAUGCAGUUGCAUUGACCGAUGCGACGGCAUCGAUUACAGCAAGAGGAGGAUACAAACCAUCGAAUCCACCAAAGAUGAUUAUCAUGUUUGACGGUGUGUGCAAUGUAUGCGAUACCUUUGUACAUUUUGUCUAUCCUCGUGAUGUAAACAAGAAGUUUUCAUUCCAAGCUCUACAGACCACCAAAGGAAGAGAAAUACAAAACUACUAUGGUGUCCCAACUGAUCUAUCAACAGUCAUUCUCAUCGACGAAGAAACUGCAACCUAUACUUCAAAAUCAACUGCUGUAUUACGUAUCAUGUAUCAUUUACAAUCACCAUAUUCAUAUCUAUAUCAAUUCCACUAUCUUCCAGCAUUCUUUCGUGAUUUUUGUUAUUCAACCUUUGCAAGAUACAGAUAUUUAUUGAUGGGUAAAAAGGAUACUUUAAAAGGAUUGAAUAAUGGAGUUGCAAUAACUCCUCCAAUGGGAUGGAAUACAUGGAAUCAUUUUGGAUGUGAUACAUCAGAGAUUAAUUCCCAACUAAUCUAUGAAACUGCAACUGCAAUGGUUACUAGUGGUAUGGCUGCUGUUGGAUAUGAAUACAUCAACCUUGAUGAUUGUUGGUUGGCAAAGGAAAGAGAUGCCGAUGGUAGAUUACAAGCUGAUCCAAUUAGAUUCCCACAAGGAAUUGCUCCUCUGGCUGAUUAUGUACAUUCAUUAGGUCUUAAAAUGGGAAUUUAUGAAGAUGUUGGAAAUUUAACAUGUGGAGGAUACCCAGGAUCAGAAAAUUAUUUUGAAAUUGAUAUGAAGACAUUUGCAGAAUGGGGUAUGGAUUAUGUAAAGAUGGAUGGUUGUUAUUUCCCAGUUGACGAUAUGGAGGAGACCUAUACACAACUGAGUGAGAUACUCAAUGCAACCGGUCGUCCAAUGGUCUAUAGUUGCAGUUGGCCAACCUAUGCCUUUGUCAACAACCAAACCGUCAACUUUACCUACAUUGGCGAGAUUUGCAAUCUCUGGAGAGAGUUUGAUGACAUUCGUGACAACUUUGAUUCGUGGACUGGUAUAUUGGACCAAAUGAUGCAGUAUAAUCGUGCACCCUAUGCUUCUCCGGGUCACUGGAACGACCCAGACAUGUUGGAGAUUGGCAACGGUGGACAGACCACUGCAGAGUACCAAUCAUUCUUUUCGCUGUGGUCUAUCAUUGCAGCACCUCUUAUUGCCGGCAACGACAUUAGAAACAUGUCUGCCGAUAUCAUCAACAUCCUCACCAACGCCGAUAUUAUUGCAGUCGACCAAGACGCACUCGGUAUCCAAGGUCAGAGAGCUUACCAAAGCGGUACAAGCGAAGUGUGGACACGUCCACUCGUCGGUGGUGCCAUUGCAGCCGUUCUCUUUAACCGUGGGGAGCAACCAGCAACCAUCGAGCUCACAUCUGACAUUCUCCAAGUAUCUUCAAACUCCCAAUUCCUCAUGAGAGAUCUCUGGCAAAAGACUGCUCCCACACAAGUAUUCCAAGGUUCAUCUUCCUUCUCCAAUAUUGAUGCACAUGCUGUUAUUAUGUUGAAAUUAUCACCUAUAACAGGUUCAUUCGGAUUUAUAUUGCCGCAGUUGCGUCUUUGUAUGUUUAAAUCUGCCACGAUUAUCGAUCAUAGCAUUGGUCCAUUUACACUCAACUACCUGACCUGUGUCUCUUAUCGCACUAGCUAG